CCAACAGCAGAGUGGUGCGGGUUUCAAAGUCAGCAGAACGUUCGUAUCGCGAUCGUUGCCCUUCCACGUUUGGCUCCUUGUAAUGAAGAGAGGGAUUGAGUAAAGCUAGAUCACUGCGAGCACAACUUGAUCAGCGAAAGAAGGAGCUCCUGGUGGAUAUUGAAAGGUCAGACGAAGGAGACUCACACACUCGACAUACCUGCAGCUGUCUUUAAAACCAACGACCUGUCAAAGCUGAAAUACAUCGGAUUUUGUGAUUUUGUGCCAUCUUGACCAAAGAAAUGUCUAAAGAAGAACAUGCAAGAGACAAGGAAACUCAAACUGAACAUGACUUCAUAGCUGAGAUGGAAAUCAAAUAUAAGAACAGCAUCGAUGAGAACGAAAACAUCGUGAAGAGAGCCUCAGAAACCACUCAUUUCCUGCUUGGGCUGCUCAAUGAAUGCGAUGUUCACCUGCUGAAACCAGACGUCUUGGACAAGUCGAUGGUGCUGAAGUGUAUACAUCUGAAGUAUGACACAGAUAAAGUAAACCUUGACUACACCCACAUCAACACAGAGGGGGACUUGAUCAACAGCACGUCUGACACCAGGUCUGCAGGGAAAGGGAGACUGACGAACUACUGGGGCACAUGCAGCACUAUCCCCCUCCCCUUGGCUGAUUGUCCCCAGUACUGGGAGACGGAGACCAGGGUCGGACUGGACAAAACACUCACAGGGAGCAAUCUCAUCCUGGAGGUUGGUGUCUGUGCUGAGGAAGAGAUGGACAUGACUCACUUUGUAGCCCGUCGUCCCCAUGCCUACAGUUUGACCGUCCACCACUGUCCUACUCACAAAGGGAUAUGUAGGGUAACCUUGAAGGAGGGAAAGGUUGUGUUACAUCUACCUGACACCAUCCCCAACACAGCAGGGGCAUCACACACACUACACUACGGUGUUGUCUAUGAUGACGCCAGGAAGAAGAUUGUCUUCAUUGAUGUGAAGGAGAACAAGGUGAUAUCGACGUUAGACAAUGUAGACUCCAGUCAACCACUGUGGCCGAUGUUCGGGGUGUUUAGCCCACCUGUCGUCACUCUCAGCAUGAGACUUGUGGUGGGCAGUGACAUCAACAUGACAGAGGAGAAGAAAGCCAUGAUUGUCAAGGCGCUGUCGUGAUGUGGCAUGCUAAAGCCGGGCAUGGUGGUGAGUAUGAUCACACCCAGAUACGUAUGUAUCAACAUGACGGAGGAGAAGAAAGCUCUAGUUAUAAGACACUGUCAUGAUGCCAUGUUAUGACACCGGCGGCCAUGGUGGUGAGUAGGAACACACAGAGAUAUGUACCAACGAUAUCAACAUGACGGGGGAGA